AUGAUCAAUCCAAGUAUCCCUCCACAGGAGAUGGGCCUGCAUCCCUCCCUGGAUUUUGUCGAGGCCGUCCAGCAGAUCCCCGACUUUCCCGCCAUUCGCACCACCGAGAACGACACGCCCGAAAUCAUGUCCUUCAAGCAGCUCUGGGACCUCUGCUGGGCCGUCGCCAAAUACCUGAAGGACCAGCCCGGCUGGCACCAGUCCGGCGACAACGUCGGCAUCUACGUCGACACCGAUAGCAACUGGCCCGUCGCCGCGUACUCACUCUGGCUCCUUGGCAAGGUUCCAGUCACCUUUGGCCCGGGCUGGACCCGCUCCGUCCGCGAAACCGUCUGCGAGCGCCUCGGUAUCAAUUUUGUCCUCCACGGAGCCGUCCACCCUGGAGAUAUCACUGGGGUAGCCCUCGUCGACCUGCCCAGCGUCCGAGCGGCCAUCUCGGUGGUCCCUGUCCCAGCCGAUCGAUCGCUCUGCCCCGAGCAUAUUCCCGAGGUCACCGCCGUUUGCCACACCUCCGGCUCGACGGGUGUCCCAAAGUCCGUUAAUAUCUCCACCACUCGCGCCCCGCGCCGCAUGUCUUUGCUGAAUGGCAACGAGCUCAAGUCCUGUGCCAUAGUGGCCUCGCCCUCGUUCGGAACGAGCACCGCAAUGGUUGUCGCCAUGACGCGAAAUCUCUCCACCAUUUGGCUCUCCAAGCCAACUGCUGACAGCUCGACCCGAACGGCCCGCGUUGCCGAGAUGCUCAGAAACGGCGCGGCUCUGACGUUGAGCUCGCCGUCAUACCUCCGCCUCCUCCUAUCGUACGCUCAAGCGCACGGAGAGGUCUGGUCCAGCGUCGAGACGUACUACAUUGCCGGCGAGCUCAUUACGCCUGCGCUCAUCACAGCUGCCAAGAACGUCAUGCCCAACGCCGAGUUUCGCUGCCUGUACUCCUCCACCGAGUGCGCCACGCUCGGUGCCUUCAAUACCAUGAUCAUCCCGUCCUCCGCACCGGCCCCAGAGUCGAUUGUGUAUCAUGUCGACAAUCCGCUCUGCAAGCUUGCGCUCCUCGACGAAGACGGCAACGAACUUCCGGCGGAUGCCAAGAAGGGCAUCCUGUGCUUUGCGGUCUCGCCGGAUCAUCGCUGCCGCAACACCGCCGAGUUCAAGGCAGUGACUGCCGACACUUCCAAGUUGGCGUCGUUCAACUUUCUGCAGGACGGCAGGCCGAGGGUCUGCACUUCCGACGUGGCGGAGAUCAUCGACGACCGUCAUUUUACCGUCAUCGGCAGAACCGGCCGCACGCUCAAGAUCAACCUGUACUUUGCUGAUCUCGAUGUGCUUGAGGAGAAGAUCUUACUGGGCAUGAAUGCGUUUUUCAAGGACAGCUUCGUGACCUCGACUUCAAGCACCCACAUCGUCCUUCUGUAUGCGCUCAAGCCCGAAUAUGUCGGGCAAAUGACGGGCAAGCAAGUUCUCGACGAGACCUUCAAGGUGCUGGCUGCAAACGAAUUUUCUAAUGUCACUAUCCACAACGUCAUUGAGCUUCCCGAGAUGCCUUACAACGAUGCUGGCAAGAAGGACCGCAAGACUCUCAACAAAGUCGCUGCCCAAGCCGAGAGCGAGGGCCGGUUUGUGGAAUAUCCGUUGCUUGAUAUGGAGAGUGAGCCGGUUGCCUGGAAGGUUUCGAUCGUCGCGGCUGAGCUUCUGGACGCACCCCGUCUCAGUGGCCGCGAUUUUUACUUUGCCAGCUGCGGCUUCAAUCUCGUUCAGGUGGACCAGCUUUCCGAGCACAUCCAGUCUGAGUUUGGCGUGCAUUUCCAGCCUGGCUUGCUCCUGUCGAACGGCAUGUCGCCGAGACAGAUUGCCGAGGCCGUUGCUGCCGAGAAACCGGCCGUUGCCAACGGGGAUGGGCCCGCUUCUGCCGCCAAUGUGACCAACUCGACCCUGACCGCUGCGACCAAUGGCCCAUCCGCCGACAUUGAAGUCUCCGCCGCCUCCGCUCCUGUCAGCAAGGCCACGCACGUUGCAUUUGCUCCUCGAACAGCGCCUGCUGGAAGGGGUGCCGACGGCAUCAAGUGCACGAUUCAAUGA